AUGUCUUGCAGAGUCAGCGUCUUGGUCGGAGCUCCGAAAGCCAACACUAGCCAGCCAGACAUAGUGGAAGGAGGUGCCGUCUACUAUUGCCCUUGGCCGGCCACUGAGUGCAAACCGAUCCCUUUUGAUAAUACAAACAACAGGAAAAUCAAAGGCAAUGGUACACGGGAACCCAUUGAAUUUAAAUCAAAUCAAUGGUUUGGAGCAACAGUGAGAGCUCAUAAAGGAAAAGUUGUGGCUUGUGCUCCCCUGUAUCACUGGAGGACCCUGAAGCCUACGCCUGAAAAGGAUCCGGUUGGCACCUGCUACGUAGCAAUUCAGAAUUUCAGUGCCUACGCCGAGUAUUCUCCUUGUCGCAAUAACAAUCCAGAUCCUGAGGGACAAGGAUUCUGUCAAGCAGGAUUCAGCUUAGAUUUUUAUAAGAAUGGAGACCUCAUAGUGGGAGGACCUGGCAGCUUUUAUUGGCAAGGUCAAAUUAUCACCAGCAGCGUAGCAGAUAUUAUCACAGAUUAUUCGUUCAAGAAUAUUUUAAGAAAACUAUCUCGAGAAAAACAAACUGGAGUUGCACCAUCGAUAUACGAUGACAAUUAUCUGGGAUACUCAGUGACUGCUGGUGAAUUUACUGGAGAUUUUCAGCAAGAGAUCGUUGCUGGAAUCCCGAGAGGUGCACAGAACUUUGGCUAUGUUUCAAUUAUUAAUUCCACAGAUUUGACCUUCAUUCAGAAUUUCACUGGAGAACAGAUGGCAUCUUACUUUGGAUAUACUGUUGCAGUAUCGGAUGUUAACAAUGAUGGAUUGGAUGACAUCCUAGUUGGGGCCCCUCUCUUUAUGGAACGUGAAUUUGAGAGCAACCCUAAGGAAGUUGGGCAGGUUUAUUUAUAUCUGCAAGAGAGUGCCUUGUACUUCAGAGAAGCACAGACGCUGUCUGGCACAGAUGUGUUUGGUAGAUUUGGCAAUUCCAUUGCACAUCUUGGAGAUCUGAAUCAGGAUGGAUACAAUGACAUUGCAAUAGGUGCACCAUUUGCAGGAAAAGACAGCAGGGGGAAAGUACUCAUUUAUAAUGGAGUCAGGAAUGGGUUAAAUCCUAACCCUUCCCAGAUUCUCAGUGGCAUGUGGGCCUCCCAAACCUUGCCUGCGGGAUUUGGUUUUACACUAAGAGGGGACUCUGACAUAGACAAGAAUGAUUAUCCAGAUUUAAUUGUUGGUGCAUUUGGAGCUGGAAAAGUAGUUGUUUACAGAGCAAGACCAGUUGUGACAGUGGAUGCUCGGCUCUUGCUGUCCCCAGUGAUCGUAAAUCCAGAAAAUAAAACUUGUCACCUUCCUGGAGCUAUGACUUUAGUGGCUUGUUUUACUGUAACAGUCUGUAUGGCUUUUGAAGGUCAAGGCCUUUCAGAUGAAAUAGCUUUGAAAGCUGAACUGCAGCUAGAUUCGUUAAAACCAAAAGGAGGCGUGAAGCGGACCCUCUUCUUCGACUACCAUCAGUCUCAGCUUGUCUUUCAGUUUAUUAUAGACAGGUCGCAGCGGCUCAAUUGCAAGGACUUUGUGGUUUAUCUCAAAGAUGAAACGGAGUUUCGAGAUAAAUUGUCCCCAAUUGGCAUUAGUUUGAAUUACAGCUUGGAUGAAUCCACUUUUUCCAGUGGUUUUGCUGUAAACCCAGUAUUGAACUAUUACCAGGAAAGCAACGUUGGAGAGAAAGCUUACAUUCUUGUGGAUUGUGGAGAGGACAACUUAUGCAUUCCUGACUUGAAACUUUCCGCUGUGCCAGAUAGAGAUCGUAUCGUAAUUGGGGAAGAAAACUGUGUCAUGCUUUUGAUAAAUUCAAGAAAUGAUGGUGAAGGAGCUUAUGAAGCUGAGUUGCAUAUAAAGAUACCUCCGGAGGCAGAUUACACUGGUGUUGAACGGAACAACAAGGCCUUGCGUGUGCUGAGCUGCGAUUACAAGAUGGAAAAUGAAACUAGAAUGGUGAUUUGUGACCUUGGGAACCCCAUGGCAGCUGGAACAAAUUUCUCUACAGGUAUCAAAUUUACUGUUCACCGUUUUGAAAAUGCUGAAUUAAGCAUCAACUUUGAACUACAAAUGAGAAGUUCCAACAAAGUUAAUUCCAACAGUAACUUGAUUGACCUUCAGAUUGACAUAAGUGCAGUGGCUCGAGUACAGAUCAGAGGAGUUUCUCAUCCACCACAAAUUGUUUUGCCAAUUCAUAACUGGGAACCAAAGGAAGAACCAACCAAAGAAGAUGACAUUGGACCUUUAGUGGAGCAUAUAUAUGAGUUGCACAAUGCUGGGCCCAGCGCCAUCAAUGAUACUCUCUUGUAUGUGGAAUGGCCAGUCCUGAGCAGAGAGGAAUUCCUCCUUUAUAUCCUGCAUAUUCAGACACAUGGACCAUUGCAAUGUCAGACAAGCUCUUCUAUCAACAGUUUAGAAAUAAAGUUUGCGGUCCCGCAGGACACGCCGGAACUAGCUGCUUUUUUGCGCAACUCCUCGAUUCCUCACUAUGUUGGGCGGAGGGAAGUCAAAGCCUCAGAGCAUCAAACAAACUCUGCAAAAAUUCUGAACUGUACAAAUGUGGAGUGCCUAAUAAUCACCUGUUCGGUAGGACUGUUAGAAAGAGGGAAAAGUGCUGCUCUUAAAAUACGGUCUCGGUUAUGGGCCUCAACAUUUCUGAAGAGAAAAAAUCACCACUACUCUCUUUCUAUCAAUGUGUCCUUCGAAGUAAAGAAAAUGCCAUACAAAGUUCAGCCUGCAGGACUCCUUGAAGACAGUUUAGUGAUAAGCACAUCUGUUAUUUGGGCCACUCCAAAUAUUUCCUUUAUAAUCCCUCUGUGGGUUAUAAUAUUAGCCAUACUCUUAGGACUGCUGGUUCUGGCUAUGUUGACUUUAGCUUUGUGGAAGUGUGGCUUUUUUGACAGAGCUAGGCCUCCUAGAGAUGACAUGGCUGACAGGGUCCAACUGACGAGUGACAAGACUACUGACACAUAGAAGAGGAGAUUUAAUUGAGGCAGAGAGUCCUGAUCAAGACCAGAACUAUGCUAGAGAUUUCAUCUACCAGCAUCCUUCCUUUGAAU